AUGGCCCCCUCCUUUUGUGCUUCCUUUUUACUCUCUCUUAUGCUAGCAAUCCUAUUGAUUUGCCCAAGAAAUGCACAACUAGGCGUGAAGGUAUCAGAAAAUGUGCUGAAAUCUAUUUGCUCUCAGCACGAAGAUCCUCCUUUUUGCUUGAAAGCCCUCAAAUCCGAUCCUCGUACACCCUCAGUCGACCUUGUUGGCCUUACCAAUAUUUCAAUGCACUUCACAGAUGUUGCUGCUAGUAAAACCUUUGCCCAUAUUAGCUCACUCGUCAACAAGACCACCAACCACAAUUUGAAGGCAUCAUAUGAAGUUUGCCUUGAAUUCUAUGAUAUUAUUCUUGGCGAUCAAGAAGAAGCAAGAACUGCGUUGAAAGCUCGUGACUACUUCUCGGUAAAAUCUUUAUCUGAUAGUUGCAUAAGUGCUACUGAAUACUGUGGUGAUGAAUUAACAACUGAUACAUCCCCUCUCCAACAAGAGAAUAAGUUGAUGCGUUAUAUUUGUGAGACACAGACUCUUGUUUCUAAUCAUCUACCUUGA